UUGUGUGUAUACAAAUGUCAUGCCAACAUUGUGAACAAUCGUAAACAAAUAGGAUUCAAUAUAUUUUUCUACUAGAUUUGUACAAAUCGAUACAUUUUAUCUCCAAGAGUAACAAUAAUCAACAACAAAUGGAAUUGGAGCACCGUGAAUGAUUAAUAAAAUUAAUUUUGAAAAUGUUAGAAAUGGAUGUCCGAACUCAAAAAUUGGAACAACAGAGGCAGCUUAUGGAGCAGAAAAUGAAACAGAAAAGGCUUACAUCAGGUAUGAUACAAGUUUCUGAUAUUCGCGGUAAUUCAGCCAAGAGUAGAAAUAGUUCUAGUGGAAACAGAAGAGAUCUUCACGGUUAUGAUGGUCCGCUUCAAUUUGCCAUGACUAAUGAUAAUAAUCCAGAUCAAGUUAUAUCUAUUUUGCCAAACUCCGAUAGCAUAGACGGAACUGUUGUGGAAGAUUUAACAACUGAUCCAAAUGAUUUGAUGGAUGUAGAAGAUGAAGAGUCAUCUCCAGUUGCUUCAACUCCAAAUGAUAAUGGAAAUGUGCCUAUUAAUCCCAUUCCUGACAAACCUAGUUUCAUACAACAGGUUAAUGGGACUUCAGAGGUGGAAGGUGAUAUAGAAGGUAACAUAGAAAAGUUUAUCCUUCAAUCUGCACAACUUAAGGUGCUUUAUAAAUGUAGAAUAACAAGAGACAGAAAAGGAAUGGAUAGGGGUCUCUAUCCAACUUAUUAUUUACAUUUAGAGAAAGAUUAUGGUAAAAAAGUAUUUCUAUUGGCAGCAAGGAAAAGGAAGAAAAGCACAACGAGCAAUUACUUAAUAUCCACUGAUCCUACAGAUUUAUCUAGGAAUGCAGAGUCCUUCGUAGGUAAACUUAGAUCAAAUUUAAUUGGAACCCAGUUUACAGUGUAUGAUAAUGGGAUAUCGCCUAGAAAGGCAAAUUUGAGGGAAGGUAUAAUUCCACGGCAAGAGCUGGCGUCUGUUAUUUAUGACACUAAUGUGUUAGGCUUUAAAGGUCCUCGUAAAAUGACUGUUAUCAUACCGGGAAUGGUUGAUGAACAAAGAGUGACAAUAUAUCCACAGGAUGAAAGUGAAGGUUUGAUUGAAUCGUGGAAAGCAAAAAAUAUGGAUAACAUCAUCGAAUUGCACAAUAAAACUCCUGUAUGGAAUGACGAAACUCAAUCGUAUGUUUUAAAUUUCCAUGGUAGAGUUACACAAGCUUCUGUUAAAAAUUUUCAAAUUGUUCACGAUAGUGAUACAGAUUAUGUGGUUAUGCAAUUUGGUAGGGUUGCUGAAGAUGUAUUCACAAUGGAUUUUAGGUAUCCUCUUUGUGCGUUGCAGGCUUUUGCAAUAGCUUUGAGCAGCUUUGACAGUAAAUUGGCAUGCGAAUAAGCAUUUGAUGCCAGAAAUGUUCCAAAAUGUGCCUCAAUUAUUUUAAAAAGGAAUAUUGAGCUUAAAUUCGUGAGUUGUUUUUUAGUAAUUUAAGAAUUUUUUAUAAAUUUUACACAAAUAAUUUAAAACCAUAAAUUUGUUGAUUCCAUUCAGUUGUAAUAAUUGCUGGAAUUGAAUUUUGUAAAACUAUAUAUUAAGUUUAUUAAUUAAUUUAUAAAUAAUAUUUAAUUAGGAAAAUGUAGGAUGUUGGAAUCUCAAAUUUCUGAAGGAACAAUGAAAAAUCGUAUUUAUUAUAUUUUCACUCAAAAAUAAAUUCAUAAAUAACUUUUUCUCAUUAUUCAAAUACUAAUUCAUUGCUACAAAAAAAUCUUGAUUACAGAAAUCGUGUCGAACUUUUGAGAUAUGAAUUAUUGCUUAUAAUUUUAGUCAUGAAAGGUUCUGAAUAUUUAUAUAUGACCUCAGGUAUUGAUUUAUUUGCUGGAAACUCGACAUGCAAUGUAUCUGCAGUUUCUCUUUUUUAGCUUUUACAUUUGUAAAUAGUAGUCGAAGGGUAUUUUUAUCUUAUUUAUUGAUGAUAUAAUUUUAAAAAAAUGCAAAUAGGCUCGCGUUUUAAUAAUCAAGUUAUUGUCUUCGGAUAUUGAACAUUUACCUAUGCAUGUAUCUGAGAUAACUUGGUUUUCUAAUUGCACGUCACACAUUAUAAUUGAGCUGUAAUGAUAGUUAACAAUGUGUUCAGUUUAAAUCCAUGAUAUAUUUUUUUCAAAUUCUAAUUAAGUAUUGUAUUCCGUAUUUGUCUUUUUCAUGUUAUGACUUUGUCUAGCAGAAAUAAUGCAAGUAUUUUUGCUUUGGAUUUUUAUCCAUCAUUACUUAGUUUUCUGUUUGGUAAAUACUUUUGAUCCUUAUAAACCCGAAAUAUUCCUGUUUUUUUUCAAAAAUACUACAGAGAUAAUCCACAAUAGUUUUACUAAAUUUGUAUAUUUCGAAAUCUGUGUAUUCCUCCUUCCUUUAUUAAUAUGAUUUAGAUCCCUUUGAUCUACUGAAUGUCUCCAAGUGUUAUCUUUCGGUUUCCAUUCUAUUAUUUCUUGUAUUCGUGGAUACAGCUUAUCCAACUGUUAAGUGAAUACUGGUAAUAAUAAUAAUAAAAUCUCUUCACUAUGUAAACCGAGCCUAAUCCUUUUGAUACUUUGUAUCCAGGAUAGGUAAAUCAUACCGGCUCUAAGCUGAGUAGUGCAUAAGUCUUUUGCAUAAUAAUACUAAAAUCUUUUACUAGUAACCUUAGAAUCAUCUAUAAAUAUUCGGCUCUACUUGACAUAGUGAAAAGCAUGUACAAUGCUCAAUCGACUGAUUUCAAAUUUGGUAUUUUAGUAUUAAUGUGAAAAGUAAAAGAACAUAUGGCGAGUGCUUCAGAAAUACUUUUUUAUCAUAUAAAUUAUAGUACACAGAGUAUCUUAAGUAUAUUGAAUUUCUUAGUUAGCUGUUUAUUUUUAAUGGAAAAAAUAUUAUCAUUUACUACAUUUUCAACAAUACUUUGAAAUUCAAAAAUUCAUAAUUCUAAAUCGGGUAUAACAUAAUAUAUAAUGAAUUAUUGAAAACAUUGGAAACAGCAUAGCAUCUACUCUAUUUGUGGGACACAAACCUCCCACAAAUAACCUCCUUUGGAAGCAGUCCAUGUAUUUUGGAAGCAGAACAAUUACAUGUAGAAUCUUGUACAAAAUUUCUUCUAGGUAUAUGUGCAGAGCCAAAACGACUUCCCAAAACAAUCUACAAUCUAUUGAAAACAUUAAUUUAAGUUUUUUCGAAAUUAUCAAAAAUAUCUUUAGAUUUACAGUAUUAAAAAGUUUACAAAAAUGUCAAUUAGAUGUAAAUUCUCAAGUAAAGGUAGUUAAUUCUUAUUAUUUAUAUUCUAAAUCAAAUAUAUUUGUUUAUUACACAAGAAACUUAAUUUAAGACUCUAAUAUUUCAACUAAUACCUCAAAUGCUCAAUAUAAGUUUACUAUUUUUUAAACUAUGGUAAAAAUUGGCUGAAAAUACCUUCUAAUUAUUGAACAAAUUUGAAAUUAGUCGAUGUGCAACUAGGUAAAAUAUUUUGGUUCGAAUAAUACUUAUAGAUCUGUUAUAUAAUUUAAGUAAAAUGAUAAUAUUCUCAAAUAUUUACAAUUAAAACCAGUUCCAUGUUGAGAAAAAUUGGAUUGUAAAUUUGGAGACUGAGAGAAAAUUGUCAUUUAAAUUGAAACUAAGUAUAUUUUGUACAAUUUUCCAACACAGCUAUGUAAGUAUUUAUUUUUCCCAGUACUAUUGGUAUCAAACUAAUGGUGCCUAUUUUUAGGUUAGAAAUAUAUGACAAGUAUUUGUUAGUUAAUAUUUUUAUUCAUUACAAAAUAGUCCGGUACAUACUUUCUUUCGAGUUUUAUCGUGAACAAAAUUUAUUGAAUAAGAAAUUUCAAUAAUAUUUUUCCAUGUCAAAUAUUUUUUAUUAGACUUAAUUAAAAAUGUGUUCUUGAUGUUAACAAAAUCUUUCGAAUUAAAAAAACUCCAGCAUAGUGACAAACAUCAUAAACAAUUUAUAUAUAAUUUCAUUUAAUUCAAUCUUAUAUAUAGUCGAUUCAUUAUAAAUAAUAAUUAAAACUACUAAGGUAAAAAGUAAUACUUAUGAUAAUUACUUACACCUAUAUUAAUUGAGUGUUUUUCCAGAAUGUGUGAUUGAAAUAAGCAUUAAUAAUAAGCUAGAGAAAAUCAGCAUUAAGUACAGAAUAUCAAGUUAAUUAUAAGUUGGAAGCAAAAUUUGGCUGAAACUACUAAUCAAUUACUAAAGAAAUGCCAUAAGAUUGCUGACUUAUUAAGCUUUGCAGUUUCAGAGUUCUGAUUAACUGAAGGAUAUGUGCUUUAUACUUGGAAUUUCGCUUCUACGCGUUCUACCAAAAGCAUAUUUUCGUUUUGAAUGCUUGCAGACAUAUUAACACUAGCUGUACUGGAGUUCCAUCCCCCUUGCAAAACUUACAAUCAUCACUUUCAGCUAGACCUGAUCUCAUCAGACGUUUCCUCAUUUAUCAGUAUCCUAUAAGGAAACUUAAAUCCAAAUAAAUCUUAUAAUUACCAGUAUUAAAUUUCCAAGGAAGUAGGAUUGGUUUAGCCGGGUAACAUACCACUGUGUUGCUUCCUUCUUCCAAAACUAUUUCUUAUAGAAGUUUAAUGUUUUGGUGCAUUCAUUACAAAGGAUUUGUUUGUUUUAAAUACUUUCCCAGCGUUACCACUCCACAAUCUGGGGUUAGUACCAAAAUAUUUCAAAAGUCUAAUUUAUGUUUGUCUAUUUUCUCCAUUGUGGAAAAAAUUUUGCUGAAAGUACCAUUUCAUUACUGAAUGAAUUUUUUGAGGUUGUCGGAUUUUUAUCCAUAGCUCUUGUAUUCUAUGGUUAACAUAAUCAAAUAUGAGAAUGUCUGUUUAACAAUACAUAACAACCUCUGUUGCGUUUAUGUCACUCCGAUAUUUGACAUGGAAACUUUUGUGAUAUAUAUCGUCACAGUGUGAUAUAUUUAAAUCAUCGAAAAUUGACACACUCCGCUUUUUUUUGCAGUAUUAUGAAAUAUUAGCUUAAGUUUUUGUAUUAACUAAACAUUUUUAGCGGUAUUUUUUUUGUUUUGGUAGUUUGAUUAUAAAAAGAACAUGUUCUCAAAAAAAAUUAAAAAUGGUGAAAAAGCACCAAUGGCACAAAAAUGCACUUAAUCAAAACGUUAAAGUAAAUAUUUGUGCUCAAAUUUAUAAUUACUAAAAGGUUGUGGAGUAUAUUAAUCUUUUUGAGAUUUAAAAUAGAUUCUUUAUAAUUAAAGGGUUGCUGAAUAUUGUUUCAAUAUGAAAAUUGGAAUGUUUAUUAAUCUGAAUUAAUCUACUAUUGAAGAGAGGAAUGCAUUCUGUAAAUUGAACAAAGAAAUAAGUUUGUCAUUCAUAAAGAAGAAAGUGAACAUUUUUAUUAUGAAAAUGACUUUCUUUGUUCCAAAAUUGUUUUGUAGUGGAAUGGAAUUAUAUCUUAUAUAGGUUUAAUGAAGGUUAUUAUCAAAUCUUCAUUCACAAAUUUCUCUUCGACAAGUUGAAUGAAUGAGAAUAAGGCCCAGUACACAUGGAACAACUAAAAGAAACUAAAUUCAAGAGUUACUGAAGGUACCAAUUCAUUGGUGACAUGUGUCUGCACACACAGCAGACUUCAUUGUGACCAAAACCUGACUGAUUAAAAAAAAGUAAACAAUAGCUUAUUUUGGUUUAUAAAAACUUGAGGUAAUUAAAAUUUUCAACAAUUUUGAACUUUAAAGAUUAUUUUUAAAUAAAUAAUAAAUAAUUGUAUGAGAACAACGUAUUCAUUUCCUCAUUUCAAAAAAGUGACAGGAGCUAUUCUUUUCAGAUUUAACAAUAAAAAAAAUAAUUUACCUUUGCCUCAACCGAACAAUCCAGUCCAAACUUCUUCUGCAAAUGUACAAACUAUCCUAUUAGUCCAUCUUUGAAAUAUUACUCGCUCAUUUAGAGCUCGGCCCCCAGCAUACUUUGAGGAUGCUGGACUUAAAACAGAAGAGAGGAAUUCGACUUACGAUCCAGAAUUGACCAGACAGAUAGAACAUAGAAGAAAGAUCGCCGACUUGACUCUAUAUCAUCGAUAUAACCUCGGCAAAUUCCAAAUUAUCCAACAUAAUCCCAUCUAGAGCAGUUUGCUUAAGACCUACUGGACAGGCAGACGUGGCUCAUGAACACCGAGUUUGCCUGUAGACGCCUAGAAUGUUAAUUACAAGGCUGUGGAAAUACCUACCAAGACACGUCUUUCCCGAGUACUCAAUUAAUAUCCACAGGCGUCUCCACACAACAGGCACUACUCGAAUUAUUCGACUGUGAUGUUUUUCAUAUAGAAAAAAUAACAAAUAUAUUUCCAAGAAACAACAAAUUAAUAACUAAAUAAAGUGAAGACAGUAAUUUUACUAGAAUGAAUUAUUAACUUGUUGAAGUGAUACACGUGACUCGUGUUGUGAUUAGAUUCAAAUAAAAUAACCUUCAUCCAUUGAAACCUUUGAGGGGGGGGGUGAUUCAAAUUGCAGGCGAAUCAAAAUGUCAAGUUUUUUUAUUGCUAUUACGUUGUCAAUGAUUUGGCAACCAGUUGCCCCGUGUGUAGAUCCCCAUUCAACUACAAAGAUUGUUACUCAUUACUAACUGAUUAAUGAUUUGCGUCAUAAACGAGUUUCUUUUGAGUUGAUCUGUGUGCUCUCUUAAUCUUACAAAAAAAAUACAAUGAAAUAACAUUUGAUGAAUGAAAAAUAUAAAGAGCGUCAUGCCUACACCUCAGUUUCUUAAUGAGUGUAUGUUUUAAUAGUAUUUUCUUUAGAUUGACCGCCCACGGUGCAACCAUUUGGCAACCUUGGUAACGAAUAACAGUGGGGAGCCGCACACAAGGUGACUCAAAUGAAACUAGUUUGCAAUCAGUUGUACGUGACUACGAUUCCGCGAUCGCAGUUACGUUGCAGAUGUUGUUUCAUUUGAUUAUUACAUGUUUAUUUUGUUUUCUCAAUAUGAGUGAUCAAGAACUACAUCUCAAAUUUGUGGGAGAAAUUCGAUAAAAAGCUAUGAACGUUCUAUAUGUCUGAGACAGUUCUUGUGCUGCUACGAACAGUCUAGAGUUCACAUUUUUACUUAGGUAUGCAUGGAUCCAAUAUUCUCUCUGUAUCCUGCGUUGGCUGCGGUAUUGGAAUAUAAUCAAUGACGUCUUCCUCAUCUGAGUCUGAUUGCAUUGAAAAAUUUCACUGCUGCACCAAUUGAUUUAAUACUGAAUACGAGUCGUAUUCUUGUGCGCUCAAAAGUGUUAUUUUGAUUGCAAAACUGUUGCAAGAUCAACUGCUUUGCAACCUUUGUUUAAAAACAGUUGCAUCGCUAGCGGUCGGCCUUAGAUAGCGAGUCAUUUGACUUUUCGCAGCUUUAUACAGAUUUUUUUAAUUUACAGUACCGUGGUCUAAAGUAAGUUAUAGUAAUAUCUCAAUUUAAAUAUUUAAAAUAAUUUUAAUAAUUUAAAUUAAUUCAAUAAUUGUUUUAGGAUUAAAAUUUUUGUCAUAUUAAAGUAUUUGAAUUAACUAAAAAAAUAUUUCACAUAUAUUGGUAUUUUUAAUUUCUUUAAAUUUAUUUCUUGAGAUCGUAGGUUAUUUUUAUUUGGAUUUUAUUUUAAUCCCUAAACGUUCCGCUCAUUAAAAGAAUUGUUAUUAAAAUUAUUUAAAAUAUGAAUUAAUUAUUUUUGUUAAAAUUAUUUUUUUAUAGAUGUCAAAAAGUAGUGUCACAUAAUAUGAUAGAAGAGUAAUAUGAGACAUCAGUCUACUUACCUUAGACACAACAAUAUAUAAGCUAUGGAUAAAAAAAGUUGAUUCAUUAAAUUUUAAGUCUCUUAUUUUAAAUCUAUAUUGUAAUGAAAUUAAAUUAUAUUCACAACCUUUCAGUGAAUUGUGUUGAAAUAAUACAAUUAAAACUAGAAAAAAAUGUUGCGUGCAAAAGUACUUCAUUAAUUUUUUAAAAGUUUGUUUGAAUUGAUGAGUACACUAUAAUAUGUCCGGGUGAAGAUUAGUUCAAGAAGGGAUUGUCACUUUUCUACCUUCUGCUUGUUUCCUAUUCAUUUUUGUAUUUUGUAUGUAUUGAAACUAUAUUAGCAAGGUACGUCUUGUGAUUUUGAAGAAAUAUUCAUCCCCAGUAUAUAUAAUGAAACAUUUUCCGACAACUGAAUAGAAAAAUACGAUUUUUAAGUGUAAUUUCUCAGAAGUACAUUUUGUAGCAACUUUUUUUUCCUCAUAUUUACAAAAAAUAUGUAUGUAAUUAAAAACUGUCAGUAUUAUAUUUAUACAGUUUAAACAUUCCAUCUGAGUGUUCACAAAGUACACUUGUAAUAGAGUUAGAAAGAAUUAAGUAUUGAAUAUCUGUUAUGGUAAAACAAUAUUUCUCAGUGUUAUUGAUAUUGUAAAAUUGGAUUUUGAAAUAUUCUUCUUCAUCAUUAAGUAUUUCAUAAUUAUGACAAAUCAUAUUAUAAUUUGUAAUAAUUGAUGUAUUUCUAUUGACUUACGGAUAUGGAGCAAUCAGUAAUGAUUUGAAGCAUUCCAUUUUCGUUCUGAAAAAACUGAAACUGUUCCUAUAUGAACAUAAACUUAAACCGGUACCAUCCAAUGCUUGCAUCGUUGGACGCUGAUAUGAUUGGACUCAUCAUGUGCUGGUAGUGCGCAUGUCAUUCGACGAAUGCUCUGCUUCCAAUGUUGUCCAUGGAAAGUCGGUUCUUUUGAUCCGCGCCAAAAGAGUACCAAAAAUUAGAACGAAGUUGGGACCAACACCUGCGGUACAACUAUACAUACUUCUAGUCCUCUUUCGCGUGAAUGAAAAACCAAAGUUGCCAGUAUCAUCCAGUUUAUUUUAAAAGAAUUUAUAUAUGUUGUAUGCUGUUCAUCAGUUUUUUUUGCCACGUUUUAUGUAAGUUUAGGUGCAGUGCCGGACUAUACGAUGCGUCCAACGCUUGCGCCAACAUUAACUUUCAAAAGUUGGCUGAACAUUGGACAAAGAUUGGAACCUUACUUAUAGAUAUGAAAAUGUGACAAGAAAGUGAUGAACGGCAUACGACAGACAUAAAUUAUUUUGAAAUAAAUUGGAAGGUUUUUUGGUUUUUUUAUAAAAAACACGUACCAUUUAGACGCAAGUGGACAAGAAGUGUUUGUAUUUGUACAAGUUUUACUUCAAACUUCAUUCCAAUGCUGGGUACUCGUUUGACGCGGGUCAUAAAAUCGACUUUCCAUGGCCAAGGUUCCAAUGCCAAUGUUGGAAGCAAAACCUUCGUUGAAUGACAUGCGCACUACGACCAGACGAUGCGUCCAAUCAUUGCAUUGGGCGCAUUGUGUGGCACCGGCUUAAGGUUUCAACGUAUGUCCAAUCUUCAGCCGUGCGUUGGAAUGUGAAUGUUGGCGCAAAAGCUGGACGCAUCGUGUAGUACUGGCUUCAUAUAGUAGCACUGCGACAUAUCCAAAUUAAACAGUUCUAUGUUACACUUGAUCGUACAUUGUGAGAUGAAUAAUUGAUAUAUCAAAAACUGAAUGAUUGACCACUCGCUCCUCCUUUGUUAAUACUAAUCGAUACUCAUCAUUUAAAGUUGUAACUGUAGCUUUACCAUUUUGACAUCCGUAAGUGAAUAGUCCAAAAAUUGGUUUUCUUUACAGAUUGUAGAAUAAAUAUUGUUGUAUAUUGGAUUGAAGUGUAGAGAGAGAAAAUCAUAAGAAAGCCGAGUUUGUGAUUAGAAAAAAUGUUCAAAAUUUGGAUUAUAUAAUAUUUUGUGAAAAUUGAUUAAUCUAAAUUGACUUUUCUAUAAUUUUUGGGUUCAUUACCCUUUAUUUUUUUGUUGAUAAAUGGUCAUGAUUUUAGGUCACCUUUAAUUGAGAAUUAGUUUUAAAAUAGUAAAUAGUUAGAAAUCUUGAUGUUUCCACUUAUUUUUGUCUUAUGCAAAAUGUAAUUAUAAACGUCAAAAUUUUUAUCUGUUUAAUUUAAUUGAAGGAGACUUAAACCAAAACUACGUGUCAACAAAAACGUAUAAAAAAAGGUUUACAAGUGAGAAAUUAAAUAAAAUUAAUAACUAAUUGUAUUCAAAAUAGUAGUCCAAUUUUUUGUAUUUGAGUAUUCAAUAUUAUUAGUUAUUCAUAUACCUCCAUAAUGGGAUAUUUAAAAUUUUUGGACUUCAAUGUUUUCGAGGCACCUUAAAUGGCAUGGAGUUUUUAAAACAGUGAAAUUAGAUAGACUUUCUUGUGUUUUAUUCUAAGCAUUGUCAUACUUUAAUGGUCUUUUAUGUUUUUCAAGAAUACCAUUUCUGCUUUCUUGGAUCUAGAUGGGUUGAUAAAUAAUAAUGUUAUUUCAGAAAUAUUUGAUAUCGAAUCUUUAUAUUACAGGUUUUAUUGUUGUUGUUGUUUUAAAUUCAGUUAUUAACAUCUACUAUUUGUUUGAGGCUGUGCGAAAAAAAUGUAGUAUGAGUUGAAAUCUGAAACUAGCAGAUCGUUUAUUUAUAAUGUAGCAUACAUCAUAUAUGAAAAAUAGUUUUAGAAUGAUUGAGACUCAUGAAAUAAUAUUUUUUAUCAUUAAAAGAAUAUUUGCCCUAAUCAAACUGGGUUAUAAACGCAUGUUUUAAUCAAAAACCUAAUGCUCAAUUAAUCUGAAGAUAAAGAAAAACACCGUUAAUGGAGAUUCGGUCAAAAUCAGAUCUAGAAAUCAGUUUGUUAUUUAUUUAUAGUUUUUGUGGUAUCCCGUUUGGUUUAACUUUAAAGCCUUGUCUAUCUCUAUAGGUUACAUAUCAAUCUAUUUUUUUCAAUCCAAUAUAAUCAUAUUCAUAUUUUUCUAAAAUCAAAUCCUAUGAAUCUUUUGGUCGUUGGCUUAUUUACAUUAUCAAAAAAUAAAGAAGAAUCAGCAACAAAUAAACAAAUUGAACUAUACCAAGCUACAUUAACCAUUACUAAUAAUUGCAGUAGAGCAGUAUAUUUUUGAAUAGAACGUUGUUUGCAUUCAUGAGGUCUUCUAAGGGGAAAGUGUCUGAUAACAUACUUAUAGUCCUUAAUGUACUAUCUACUCAGUCAAAAUUUACAUUUGGCAACUUCGCUAUUAACUACUGAAUACAGUUAUCAAAAUCUAUACAAUAAUUGAAUUGGCGAAAAAUCUAAAUGGCUACAAUAUCGUUAACAGAUGGCUAAAGUUCCGGAUCUCUAAGUUUUUUUCUAUUUGAGUCCUAAAACCGUCUUCGGCCCUAAAGUAUACAACAAAUAUAAUUUACUCUGAAUAAUUGUAAGUUGUAUUUAAACAGAUCUGUAGUUUAUGGAUAAUAUUUAGUAAUCUAUACAAGUGCCUUAAUUUCAAUCACUUAAUUUGAAGUGCCUUUGUAGCUAAAAAUAACUUCAAUAUAUUUUAAAAAAAUUACUUUCUUCAAAAUUUAAAGCAAUUAUAAAAGGAAUAACUAUAAUAUCCAUUCCAAUUUUAUUCAAGAAAUAAAUUAAAAAACGUUUCUCGUGUUUAUUUAUUAACAAAUCGACUCUGAUUAUUUGCUGUUAUGCCAAUGUUGUAUUAUCAUCAACCCAUUUAUGUCCAACAUCGCAGUCAAUAAAUUGCACCAAAAUAUAUCAUCUAAUUUCAAAACUGGUAUGAUACCAGUUUUAAUUAUCCAUAUUAUUUUCAAUGCAUUAAAACGAAAAAGUUUUUUUUCACACAUUUUAAUUAAAAGGUUUUUAUAUAAUUUUAUUUAGGUAUUCGUGAACUUGCCUUACAUGUAAAGUCUCGGUCUCUUAAUACUAUACUUCUACAGUUUCAACUAUUACCGAUUAAUGUAACAUUGUUUCUAGUCCAUUAAAUAUAUUUUUACUAUUGAUA